AUGGGAAAUGGGAUCUGUCCAACGGAAAGUCGAGUGGCCCUGCAGUGUGAUGGCUGUAGAAGCAUCAGUAGCAGCGGCUCACAACAACGACACACCAGCUCAGUCUUGAAACAGCAGCAAGAUGAAAGAAAAGAAAAGGAGGCAAUGUAUGGUAGGUUUCCACUCCAGCACAGCAAGCUCUGA